AUGACCGAGAGUGUGGUCGAGCGGGCGGCCGAACCGGCCGGCGAGCGGGCGGAGCCGGAUGUCCCGAGCCCCGGGCCCGACUUUGCCCCCACUCAGCCGAUUCCCGCCCGGCGAUUCUUCGUUGUCGAGUUCCCCGCUCGCGUGAAGAACCCGGACCGAGCCAUCGCCUGUCUCGGUGGCCCGGUCAAGCUGGGCCAGACCAUCAGUGCCAGUGAUGCCUUCCAUGCGAGCCGCGAGGCGGCCAUCGGCAUGGCAGUCCCCUCAUCCGGGCUGAGCCUGGCGUCGCUCUUUCCGAAGCUGGCGCUGGCCGGGCCGGUUGACCCGGCGGCCGGGUCCGGCCCGGCGACAGCAUCGGCAGGCCCCGGCGAGCCCCGGGGAAUGCGUGCUGAUGAGACGCCGGCGGCGUCGGCGACCGCCGCGGCGACCGCGGCGUCGGGCAUCUCCCGGCGUGACCUCCCCGAGCUGUGGGUGGACUUCACCGCGGAGACCAUCCCCACCGAGCCGCCCAAUCCGCACCUGGCCCACUGGAUUGCCUCGAACCUGGGGUCUCAUGGGUUGGAAACCCUGCGGCAGUUGCGCCAGCUCUUCGAGGAGCGGCCGAUCUGGCUGCGGAAGUCCCUGUUCGGGCGGCUUCCUCGCACCGACACGCGUCUCUUCAAGCAACUCAUCUCCCUGGUGGCAUACACCUUCACCCGGGGCCCGUGGAAGUUCUGCUGGGUCCGGUUUGGCUAUGACCCACGCAAGGACCCGGCAUCGCGGCUCUACCAGCGCCUCGAGCUCCGAGACUGGGAGUGGCGCUCGCAUCGGGGCCGUGGCCGGGGGCGCGGCGGUGCGGCCCUGGCUGCCACCCUGCGGGCCGCCUCGCACCGAGCACACUCCCCGGUCGACGAGGAGAUGGACGACCGGAUUGAUGCGGCCACGUCCUCGGCCGCCGAGCAGCUGGCCAGUCUCCGGCACCAUCCAGCUCGGGUGGACGAUGGGCCGGGCGCCCUGGCCGACGGACCGGGUGCCCCGAUCGACGGGCCGGGCGUCUCGACCGACGACCAGGCUGCCCCGGACUCGCAGACCGGCGGCGUGGUGGCUAUCAAGGGUCGUGGCUCGCCGCCAGCCCCUCCGACCGAGGGGCCGCCCGAUGCGCUGAUCCUCGGCCCGAAUACCCCCAGCCGGCAGCUCCAGUCGGCCUACCAGCUGUGUGACAUCACGGUCGAAUCGAUCCGUGAGCUGAUCAAUCUGUCGACCGUGGUUCGGGAUACCUGCGAUGCCCGUACCGGCUGGUACAUCGAGGAGGCAUAUGGCAUGAUCACCAAGCUCUGCCGGAUGCGCAUCACCAUGGGCCCGGCCUUUGCCCAGGAGACCAGCGUGCGCGACACGCUGAUGCUCUUCCAGGCGGCGGCCGCCGCCGCAUCAGGAGCCGGGGGCGACAUCCGGGCGUCCAGCAGCGCCGGCGGCUUGGGCUCCUCUAGCUCUUCGCCAGGAAUGCCAAUGACGGAGGCCACCUCGCCGGCAUCAGGCGGCAUCCUCGGGUCGCCGGCCGACCGCGCUGACAUCGAGUUCCCCACCUUCGACGAGGAGGAGGAGGACGACGAGGAAGAGGAGGAGGAGGACGAUGAUGAGGAAGACGACGAGGAGGAAGAGGAGAACGACGACGACGACGACGAAGGGGAAGAGGACGGUGCCGCGGCCACUACCGGCAGCUUCUUGGAGCCUGGGGCAUCGGCCGACGCCGGGGCCCGGGGGUCCCUCACCUCGGGCCGGGCACUGGCCGGCAUGGGGUCCAUGUCGCUGCCGGCCGGGCUGUCCGGGGCCCUGUGGCUGGCGUCUCAGGGUCCACCGGCCGCGGUGCCCACCGAUUCGGCUCAGACCGUGAGCGCGCUGCAGGCCGCCUCGAUGGCCAUCCAGGCCGGCAUGCCUGGCUCCACGUCGCCCGUGCUGGCCGAUGCGCCGACUUUCUCCUCGGUGGCGGCCGCCGUGAAGGCGGCCACCGAGCUGGGCGCCGACGGCGAGGACGACGACUUCCGGCCGUACGAUGUCUUCGGUGACGAUGGCGACCCGGACGAGGAGGAUUCCGAGGAGGAGGAGGAGGACGACGAGGACGACGACUCGGCCAUGAUCUUCUGA